GACACCAUCGGUAUUCGGGAGUUCAAGAGCACGGCGAAGUUCUUGGCCCAGCUCUCCGAGGACUUCUCUGCCGAUCCCGAGGAGGCCUUCAGUCGGAUCGAUGAGAACCAGGACCACCGGAUAGACCGGGCCGAGUUUGAGCAGGAGAUCAGCCAGAUUAGGGGCUUGCUGGGCACCAGGAAGCUGGCUGCUGCCCUGGGGCAGGUGCAGCAGGAUCUCCAGAUCCGCCAGUCCUUUACCGAAGAGGCUGCUGUUGAAAGUGCUCCGCCGGAAGUUGGCACACUGGAAGCUCGGACGCAGGUGCUGGAGCAGAUGGUGGGCUACUUUUCCACCCUCCGGGAUGACUACAGCCAGAAGUUAGAGGACCUGAAGCAGCAGGAGGCUGCGAUGCAGGGCAAGGCCCGAGCGCCUCCCCGGGCUCGGGUCUUCGCUGGGCGCAGUAAGAAGGGCCUCUCCGACACUGCGAAGAGCCUUCAAAAUGCCUCUCUGGGUGCGAGUGCUCGGCUCGAGAUCAAGCGGCAGUACACUCAUCAAGAUGAUUUCGAUGGCCCGGAGAGUCAUGCGCAGGGCCAGGAGCCCGCGGAGGAGGACGCAGCAGACGAUGAAGAAGGCGAGGAUGACGAAGGAGAGAACCAGGAGUUAGAGGAGGAGGACGCAAGCGAUGACGAGGAUGAGGAGGAGAACGAGGAUGACCUGGAGGAAGAAGAAGACGACGAGGAAGACGAUGAAGAAGGUGAGGAGGACGACGCGGACGAGGCGCAAGAAGACGAGGCAACCCAGCUGAUAGCGGCGAUGAGUGCUGGUGAAACUCCAUCGAAGAGUGACUUGGAGGCCACGCUUCCCCCAGGCAGCAUACCAGAGGAAUCGCAGUUACCUGAGACGACUCAGCCUCCAGCCGCUCCAGCCGGGCCCAGCUCGCCUGAGCCAGAAGCGACGGCAGAAGCGGAAGCGACCACGGCCGAAGUGGCCACGGCCGAAGUGGCCACGGCGGCGGCCGCCAUGCCUGUUUCUGCGAGUGAGGCACCCGCCCCGUCUCCACAGCCUUCGGGCGGUACCAAGAAGACCAAGGCUUCGAAGAAGAAGCCGAAGGCGAAGCCCAAGAAGGAGCCAAAGAAAGCUCAGCCGGCGCCGGCCCCGUCCAAAGUGGAUUCGCAGCGUCCUUCGCUGUCUGGUGCUACCGUUACCGAGCCUUCAAGCACCAAGAGCCAGAGCACCCCUAGCAAGCCGGUUAAGAAAAGCACGGACGAGGAAGGCUUUCGCUGUGUGCAGACCUUGGAAAUGGGUUUGGCCGUCCGAAAUGCAAUCUGCAUCGGCACGGAAGUCUGGACGGUUGAUUGGGCUGGAAACGUGACGGUUCGUGAAAGAGAUGAUGCGACUAAGGUGCGAAGCGAAAUUCCCACCAACCGGUUUGUUUGGUCGAUGCUCCACAUGGAGCCACACCUCAUGUGGAUGGGCCAGGAAGCAAUGGGAAUUUCCUUGUUCGACACCAAGCGCAAGGAGUUCAAAGGAUCCUUGAUGGGCGGCCACACAGGGGGAGUGACCUGCCUUGCUUCAGGUGAUGCUCUCGACUCCUCCGAAAUGAAGGAGGGCCACAUCCCUCGAAGAAGGGCCUGGAGUGGUAGCAACGACUUCACUAUCCGGCAGUGGACCAUCGAAACCUGGCACUCGAAGGACCCGGGUCCACAGGUGAAAGAUGCCUUUGUCCUGGAGCUCGGAAAGUUCAAGGUUGCAAUCUCAAAGGGCCUGCAGAUGCAUGGGCACAAGAACGGUGUUCGAUGCAUGAUUCGCAUCGGCCCCACCCUUUGGUCGGGCUCCGACGACGGGACCAUCCGCCUUUGGUGCACAGCAACUGGUGCUUGCAACGAGGUUGUAGAGAAAGCUCACACGGGCUCCGUGCUCAAGCUGUCUGUCGUGAGAUCCUUCAUCUGGUCCUCCGGCAUUGACGGCUUUAUCCGGGAGUGGACCAUCGGUGGAGCCGAGCGCCAAUGUGUCAGGCAGAUCGCGCCGGAGGGCUUUGCCAAAGGGGCCUAUGCAAUUGUGCCUUUGGGUCACGAAGUCUGGACAUGUGGUCACCAUCCCAACAUACAGGUUUUUUCACAGUCCGACUUCUUCAAGACUGCAGAACAUCCGGCACAUGAUCCUUAUGUCUCGAACCUGCUUACGGUAGACCGAAUCGAGACGAAGAUUGUGUGGUCGACCUCCAUCGGCGACAAGAAGCUCAAAGUGUGGCGGCACACCAUUCGUGGGGAGGUCCCUUCCGUAGACGAGCUCAAAGCAGCGAAUCGUCUCUUUGAGGAGGAAGAGGAGGUGAGAGCCCAGAGGAUGGACGAGUUCGUCAAGCGAGCUUCGAAGCUGGAGGAGAUACCAUCCGUA